AAUGUAAAAAGCCACACACAUUGAUAUAGAGCAGCUUUUUUUCUCUACUUCUUACACUUGCCAUUAUCAAGUCUGGGGUUGUGUAAAUGGAUAGUAUGUGUAGCUGUAGACUGUGGUCUGCGAUCUGUGAUCCUUCCAGACUCAGCUGACUGAGAAUAUAAGUGGGUCAAGAGGUCUGAGCUGAGAGGGUUUGAAAUUUCAGAACGUGAUGUGUAGUGCACAAAAUCAAGCUUCUCCUCUUAUCAGGGGUGAACAAGUCUAGACCUGCACAGACAAUCUCAGUAAGGCCUAAAAUGAAACAUAUGGUUUUGUUGAGGAAUUUUAAUUUAAAAAAGGAACAAAAAAAGAUAUACAUUCACAUAAAAUAUUUCCUCCAUGCAUUGCAGUCCCCUUAAGUUCAGAGAAAGUCUCCAUUUUUAGGGGGGAAGUUUGUUGUAGUACAGAAUUCAUAUUUUGUAGGAGUCUGCUCAGCCCUCUUCUGUUAAGAAGUGAGGUGGGCGGGGUUAGUCAAAUUAAUCUGAAGCUAUAAAGCUUCAGACCCACCCUCUCAUUGUGAACAGCAGAGUCUCAGCCUGUAGUCCAGAUGGUAACCUGCCGCAGUGGAUUUGGCAACGUGCGCGACAGGAGGAAAGCAUCUACGAGUCCAACUCGCGAAUAUAAGGAUUUGGUAAACUCUCUUUAAAGAAGAAACCCUGUUCUCAUGGUGGGUACUUUAUUUGCCUGGAGAGGUGAGCACGGUGAGGUGCUGACUGAUUGAAUGUCGCCUCCUGACACCAUGGAUUACAGCCGGACUAUGGCCCCUCCGGUGCCCCCACACAACCCCCAACCCGCCCGGCCAGGGCAGCCGCAGGAGCGCCUCCUGAAGUGCAUCCUGCUCGGAGACGGAGCGGUGGGCAAAACCAGCCUGGUGGUCAGCUAUACGACGAAUGGAUACCCGACCAAAUACGUCCCUACUGCAUUUGAUGACUUCUCAGCUGUGGUUCAGGUGGAUGGAAACCCGGUGAGACUACAGCUGUGUGAUACUGCAGGACAGGAUGAGUUUGACAAACUCCGCCACUUCUGCUACAGCCGCGCAGACACCCUGCUGCUCUGCUUUAGCGUGGUCAGCCCCGCCUCCUUUCAGAACGUCUGGGAGAAGUGGGUCCCCGAGAUCCGCCGCCGUUGCCCCCUCACGCCCAUCCUCCUCGUGGGCACGCAGUGCGACCUGAGGCAGGACGUCAAAGUGCUGAUCGAGCUGGCCAGGCGGAGGGAGCGACCUGUGCUUGAAGAGGACGCAAGGACGCUGUCGGAAAAAGUUGGAGCGGUGACUUACAUUGAGUGCUCGGCACUGACGCAGAAGAAUCUAAAGGAGGUGUUUGAUGCUGCCAUCUCUGUGGGGCUGCGACACUCUGACAGGAGGGUGAGGAGGGAGAGGAAGGUCCGCAGCACAGCCGAUAAGAUGAAGAUGCUCUCCAAGUCCUGGUGGAAGAAAUAUGUGUGCGUCCAAUAGGGUGAAAGGAAAUAAAUAACCUGUGACUGAUGGCAAAACUGGAACCACAGACUUAUUUGCAAGACUGAGUGAAAUGUAAGAACUAUGUUUACAUUCUCCAGGAUGACCCAAGAUGUGUUAGCCAGACUGACUUUAUAUUCAGUGGAGCAAACAGCGGCAUAGUGUGAGCCCACCUGAGCUGAGCUGGGAUGUUUUUCAGAAAUGAUCCCCUCACUUAUGCCUAAAAGACAGAGAGCAUAAGGCUGUAAUCCUUGUCUGAUCUUUGGAGUGAGAUUCAGAACUUUUAAGUACGGCUGUGACCAGCAUUCAACCAAAAAUGAUGGAGCUAAUAAAAUUUAUACCACAUAGACUGCGGAUCAAAGUGGACUUGUCCAGAGGAAAUGUGAGCUGAUUUCAAGGGGAGGGGAUGUUGUAUCGUAAAAGUAUACUCCUCUCUUUACCAAUGAUAUUUGAUGUGUUCUACACUGUAUUCCAGCCCCCAACACUUCUGAUAGAUCACUUUUGUUACACCAAAAUUAAAAAAUGAGGUUAUCAUAAACUACCAAACUUUAAUCCAAAGUCAAAGAAGAGACGGUAAUCCUACUGAAAAUCAAAGUCAAUCGAGCACCUUGUUUUUGAAUCAGAAGUAUCUACAAUUUCAGGUUGAUGCAUAACUGAUCACAUUUGUUUGAACUUGUUCUCUUGGACUACGAUCAAAUGUAAAUGAGUAUAAAUUCUUCUGAGUCCUUCUGGAGUUGUGGUUUGAACUUGUUUGUAGUCCAGCCAUUCAGGUGUGUAUUCUCUGAAAAUUUCUGUAAGGACUCUCUGCACCAUAUUUUAUGCCACCUUCUGAUGUGUUGAUACGGCUGUCACAUUGCUAGUCCACCAGACCAGACGGUUGAAGUUUUUCCCGAAUCUAAGCCUACUACAAGAGAUUAAUGCAACAAAACAUGAAAGGUUCAGAAGUUUGAGUCGUUGACUCUGACUGAAAGCUUCACCUGAAAGCUGGUUUAAUAGAUUUCAGAACUGUUACGGAUUGCAGCAGUAAAUUGGGUGGUGCCACUGUACAUUGCACUUAUAACAGAGAGUCUGAACACAUCACUCAAAUCUUGCCAUACAAUGGCCUUUGGACCAGUGAUGUGAAUUUUAUAGAGCAGGAAAAUUCACCCCUAGUGCUUGAGAUGUAGAUUUACUCAGAAGCACUGAAACCAAAGUGGCUCAGUGUACGACCUGCUGGUUGAGAUGAUCCCAGAGGUCUUUCAUUGUCAUCAAAAUCAGAGCCUUAACAGAAAGUAAUCCAUCUUUGUUGGUCAGUAUAUCAGAGUUUUCUCCCUGUCUGAAAUGAUUUGGUAAAUGCGGUGAAAUCACCAAAGAGACUGAUUCUAUGUUUGCUUCUUAUUUUUCAGAAGCCUGUCGUUCAGCUCUGUCUGUUUUUCUGCUCCGUCUGGGCCAAUAACUGAUCAGCAAUACAGAGCAGAUGUAUGAAAUAUGUAUGUCAUUAUGUAUGUUACAUAGUAAUCAAUUAUGAUGUUUGUAAUGUCAUUAGGAUAAAUCUGUGUGACUCACUGUCUAAAUGGUACUUAACAGAGUGAGUGUUUUGGUUGGUGUCUGAGAGCGGUUUGUUGAGCUGUAUGAGCGGAACAAAAUAAAAUGUGAAAUAUUUAA